AUGGCUUCCCCUAGCGUUCUCACCUUUGACGCUGAGGGUCGGGCAGUGGACUUUGAGGUCUGGGUAGAUGAUCUGCAGCUUUUCCUGCAGUGCGAUAGGGCAGACGGUCUCUCCCUGUUUGACCUCACUUCUGGUGCCUCCCCUGCCCCUGCUGCUGAUGCUGACGCCACUGUUCGCUCACAGUGGGCCACACGUGACGCUGCUGCUCGCCUUGCUGUGCACCGCCACUUACCGACCACUGAGCGUGCACACUUUAGCCAGGACCACUUCCUCUCUGUUUGCCCCACCACUCUCACCGUUGACCUCCUCGAGAAGGCCCUCCUAGCGAUAGAGAAGAGCAUAGUCGCUGUAGGAGCCUCUCGUGGUGACCCUCGCACCCCCGUCUUUGAGGGGUGUUCUCCCUCCCCCCUCUUGCCCUCUGUUGCCUCCGCUGGUGCGGCCAACCUUGUUGGUUUCGAGUCGGUCGGCGCUGCGUCUGCCCCGAGCGGGAGACGCCGCACCGGCAAGGGCAAGGGGGGCAAGGGCACUGGAGGAGGUGGAGGGGGCGGUGGAGGUGGUGGUGGAGGCGGUGGAGGGAGUGGGGGUGGUGGUGGGAGUGGUGCUGGGGGUGGCGGCGGCGGCGGCAGCAGUGGAGGCGGCGGAGGCGGCGGAGGUAGUGGAGGAGGCGGAGGUGGAGGAGACGGCGGAGGCGGCGGAGGCGGCGGCGGCGGCGGAGGCGGCGGUGGUGGAGCGAGCCGCGACUCUGCGUCGAGGAGUGGCGCCGGUGGUGGUCAGCGCCAGCAGCAGCAGCGGAGUGGUGUGACCCUGUCCCCUCAGCAGCUUCGUGAGUGGUACACUGCACGCCAUCGCGGUGGGGGUUUUGGUCCCUGCUCUUACGUUCUCCGUACCGGCAACCGCACUGGUGAGCAGUGCGGGGGUCCGCACUCCACCCAGCGCUGCUUUGGUCGCCUGACGGACGUGUGGCGUCGCCAGUUCCCUGAGGCCUCAGAGAUCCCUCGCUGGGGAGAUCUGGCUAAGGCCGGGGUUGCUAUCUUUGAUCUUGACUUUGAUGCUAUUCUUGCUGCCAUGUAUGCUGUUGCUGAUAGUGUUGAGGGUGCCUGUUACCUGUGUGUACCGCCUAACCUGGGCAUUGAGGCUGCUGCGCUAGGUGCAGGUGAGACUGCUGCUCUAGGUGCUAGUGCGUCUGCUGACCCAGGUGCCAGUGCGUCUGCCGCCCCAGGUGCUGGUGAGUCUGCUCUCUCAGGUACUACGUCGGCUCAGGCCUUCCACACCUUCACCCUGGACUCGGGUGCGUCCCGCUCCUUCUUUCGAGACCGCACCACUCUUACGCCGCUCAGUCGGCCGGUUGCAGUCUCCCUAGCAGACCCCUCUGGGGGUCCUGUCCUUGCUAGCUUCUCCACUGUCCUUCCGUGCCCUGCAGCCCCCUCUGGCACCAUGUCUGGUCUCUACCUCCCCUCGUUCUCUACGAACUUGGUGAGUAGAGCGGACCUACAGGAUCGAGGGGUUGACUAG